AUGGAUCACUCCCACAUGGAUCAUUCCAAGAUGGACCACUCCGCCAUGGACCACGGCGAUAUGGGCGGUCACGGCAUGGGCGGCGGCAUGGGCGACCGGUGCAGCAUGAACAUGCUCUUCACCUGGGACACCAAGAACCUCUGCAUCGUCUUCCGUCAGUGGCACGUCCGCUCCACCAGCGGCCUCAUCGUCUCCCUCCUCCUCGUCGUCGCCCUCGCCGCCGGCUACGAGGCCCUCCGCGCCGCCUCCCGCCGCUACGAGCACUCCGUGAACAAGCGCGUCGAGUCCCUCCCGAGACGCGAACAGGUCGAGGCCAGCAAGAGCGCCCACCUCGUCAAGGCCGCCCUCUACGCGGCGCAAAAUUUCUACGCCUUUAUGCUCAUGCUUGUCUUCAUGACGUACAAUGGCUGGGUCAUGGUCGCGGUCGCAGUCGGCGCAUUCGUGGGUUACGUUGCGUUCGGAAGCUCAACCUCGUCGACCAAGGACAACGCCUGCCAUUAA